UGUCCGCACAGGCGAGAACAAUUGGUGGCGUGCUUGUGCGCUCUACAAGUUGUCGAUCCACGAAGAAGAAGAAAUGCGCCAAUCAAAACAGUCGAAAUGAACGUUGGCCGAAAUUUAAAAAACACCGUCCAACAUUUUAGCUCGGUAGCUUCAGGUGGUGGCGACGAUACUGGUUCAUUUUAACGUUAGAUAUAAUGGAGCCUUUAAACGAAGAGGAUAUCAAAAUGUAUUUUUAUGAGAACAGGCUGAAAACUUUCGAGGGGUGGCCAUUUGACAAAGAUUGUUCCUGUACCCCGGAGAACAUGGCCAAAGCUGGCUUUAUUCACACCCCGUCAGACAACAGCCCAGACAUCGCCAUGUGUUUCUUCUGUCUCAAAGAGCUGGAGGGCUGGGAGCCAGAGGAUGACCCAGAAAAGGAGCACAAAUCUCAUUCUCCAUCCUGCCACUUCAUCACCCUGAAGAAGAAAGUAGAAGAGCUGACUGUGGAGGAAUUCUUCAAACUACAGAAGGAGAGGCACAAGUCCAUCAUUAACAAAUCCUGUAACGAGGCAAUCACCAAGUUUGAAGAGGCGGCCAAAUUGAGAAGAGCAGAUAUCAUCAAGACAGCCAUGGGUGAAGAGUGAAACCUGAAUAGAUGCUGAUGAAUGAGAUGAGCGGUGUGAAAGUUUAUUGUUGCUGGAAAUCAUUUGACUGGCUGAACUCAUUUCCAUAUUCCCUUAUGUCUUCUUUGUAAUACUGUUUAUUGUCUUCUGUUUUUAUCCAUUAAACUUGUGAUGUUGGGUUACCCCAUUUA